AGCCCCUCCAGCUCACCCCCGCCGCCGCCAUGGGUCGCCGCCCCGCCCGAUGCUAUAGGUACUGUAAGAAUAAGCCGUACCCGAAGUCCCGUUUCUGCAGGGGUGUCCCUGAUGCAAAGAUCAGGAUCUUUGACCUUGGACGGAAGAAGGCGAAAGUGGACGAGUUCCCACUAUGUGGCCACAUGGUCUCCGAUGAGUACGAGCAGCUGUCUUCCGAAGCCUUGGAAGCCGCUCGCAUCUGUGCCAACAAGUACAUGGUGAAGAGCUGCGGCAAAGACGGGUUCCAUAUCCGAGUGCGCCUGCAUCCCUUCCAUGUCAUCCGCAUCAACAAAAUGUUAUCCUGUGCCGGUGCUGAUAGGCUUCAGACCGGCAUGCGCGGUGCCUUUGGAAAGCCGCAGGGCACCGUGGCCCGAGUUCACAUUGGUCAGGUGAUCAUGUCGAUCCGCACCAAGGUCCAGAACAAGGAGCACGUGAUCGAGGCGCUGCGCAGAGCCAAGUUCAAGUUCCCUGGCCGCCAGAAGAUCCACAUCUCCAAGAAGUGGGGCUUCACCAAGUUCAAUGCGGAUGAAUUUGAGGACAUGGUGUCGCAGAAGCGCCUCAUCCCCGACGGCUGCGGUGUCAAGUACAUCCCGAGCCGUGGGCCCCUGGACAAGUGGCGGGCCCUCCAUUCCGCCUAACCCAGAGUGUGUGGGGAAUCUUUCCCCCGUGGCGAGGCCCUGGGGGGUGCACCACUCUCAGCCCCAAAUAAACUUUUGCCUCUGCCCUCCCA